AUGGCACUUGCUGAAAAUGUAGCCCACUUCGGAGGAGAUACCGCACGGACUCGGUGUUUCCUGCAUAUCGUCAAUCUGGUUGCAAAAAGUCUAUUGAAACAAUUUGACGUACCUAAAAAUGAGGCCCUAGCAUUUGUUGGGACUGCAGAGGAAGAGCUGCGAGAGAUUGCACAAGGACUUGAGGCUGAGGAUGCAGACACCGUCGCAGAAAAUGGUGCCAGUGAUCCCAAUGCAGAUGAUACUGAUAAUCUUGAUGGCUGGGUUGACGAAGUUGGGGAGCUAUCAGAUGAGGAGCACAACAUGCUUCAGGAUGACAUACGCCCUAUAAAAUUUGUUCUAGUGAAGCUGUGCAAGCUGUCCUACAAAAUUGUGCAUUCAUUGACACUGUUGCUGCCUGAAUGGAAGUCAAUCUUACCUGAACUGAAGCUUACCGUGAGAAUCAUGCCUCAUGACAUCUCUACUCGCUGGAAUUCCAUGUUUGAUAUGCUGGAGUUUGCACUCCAGUAUCGGAAAGCCAUCGACACCAUGACGGACAAGCGAAGAUUGGGUUUGGGACCUUUUGAGUUGAAAGAGAAUGAGUGA